AUGGGGGACAAGGCAGAGACUAAGGUCCUGGAGUGGGGAAGCCAGAGACUAGUAAUAAGUAAAGCUGUUGGAGAGAUCUUGACACCAUGGCUGGAGAACCAGGACCAGGUGGGAGUUGAGAAUAGAGCUGAAAGUCAGGAACUAUGGAAGAGAAAUCAGAGGAAGGCUGGAGGUGAGAAUCUUCCUGAAACCCAGGCAUGCAGAGGAGAGAAACAGGAACAGUUAAGAUGUAAAAUUGAUGCAGAGUCCCAAACACCAAUGUGGGAGACCCAGGACAGGAGUAGGAAUAAGGAUGCUGUGGAGACCCAGUCUUUUGAGAAGAACAAGAAAGGGGCCAGAGGGGAGGAUGAAGGAGAGACCCAGGCCCAAGGGUCGAGGAAGCAGGGCCAGACUGGAAGUGAGAAUGGUGAGGAGACCCAGCUGCCAGGGUGGGAAAUACAAGACCAGAUUAGAGGUGACACUAUUACAGAAAUUCAGGUAGAAGAGAGGAGAAAAAAGGACCAGGUUGGAGGUGAGAAUGCUGUGCAAAUCCAGAUAACUGGGAGGGAGAACUUGGGAGAAAUGAAAAGAGAGGAUGGCCUAGAGACCCAUGCCCUGGGGUGGGGAAAGCAGGAAUGCGUUCAAAGUGAGAAUGUGACACAGAUCCAGACCCCAGAGUGGAAGAAGCAGGAUGAAGAUGGAAGUGAGAAAGCUGGGAAGGUCCAGGUAUUUAGGGUAGAGAUCCAGAAACAACUAAGAUAUGAACUUCAAGUCGGGUGGGGAAAUCAAGGUCUGAAAAGAGGUCAGGAUGCUGGGGAAAGUCAGAUGUCCAGAAGGAAGAGCCUCAGGGAGAUAAGAGAGGAGGAUUGGAUAGUGAUUCAAGCACGAUGCUGGGGAGACCAGAAACCAGCAGUAGGUGAAACUGGCAGAGAAUUCAAGGUACCACCUUGGGGGAAUCAGGACCAGACUGGAAGUGAACAUAGAGCGAAAAUUCAGGCACUGGAGAAGAGCGACCAGAGAAAGGACGGAGAUGAAGAUGGUACAAAUUCCCUGGCACCCGAGGCAGAGAAGCAGAGACAAUUAAGAGGUGUAACUCAUGUAGAGACCCAUCCACCAGGGAGGAGGAACCAGGAGCUGUUUGGAGAUGAGAACAGUACAGACAUCCAGGCAACAGGGAAGAGAAACCUGAGAGGGGUUAAAGGCGAUGAUGGUAAAGAGACUCAGGAACUUGGAGAAGAAAACCAGCAUCAGUUAAACAGUGAAAUUAAUGGAAAGAUUCAUAUACCCAAGUCUAAGAAUCAGGAAUACAUUAGAGGCAAGGAUGGUUCAAAUACGCAGGCAUCUGAGGCAGAGAACUGGGGAGAAUUAACAAGUAAAAUUGAUAUAGAAACUCAUUCAGCAGAAUGGAAGAAAGAGGAGCAGGUUGGAGGUGAGAAUGGUGCAGAAAUUCAAGCUCCAGAGAAAAGAAACCAGAGAGAAGCUGGAGGUGAGGAUGGUACAGAGACCUGGGCACCUGGGGAAGAAGACCAGAGUCAGUUAAGAGGUGACAUUGAUGAAAAGACUCAUUUGUCAGAUAGGAAGAAUCAGGAGCAGAUGGGAGGUGAGAAUGAAACAGAAAUCCAGGCACCAGAGAAGAGACCCCAGAGAGAAGCUGGAGGUGAGGGUGGUAAAGAGACCCAGCCUCCUGGGGGAGAUUAUCAGGGAGGGUUAAGAAGUGAAAUUGAUGGAGAGAUCCAGAUACAAGGGCAAAGAAACCAGAAUAAGAGUGAAGAUGAGGAUGCUGCAGAAAUCCAGGAUGCAAGGAGCCAGAGAAAGUGCAGAGCCAAGGAUGCUGGAGGGCUUCGAGUACCAAGGGGAAGAAACAAGGGCCAGGUCAGAGGAAAGGAUGCUGCUAAAGGCAAUCUGCGAGUUGAUUGUUCUGGGGGUGAGGGGCCCUCAGCUCUCACUGGCUUUGGAUAUGGGGCCAUGGAUGAGGAACAGGCUGUAGCCUCUGCUCCCCAUCCUGAGAUGAAGCCUCUCCUCCACCAGAGUGAACUCUUCCAGCUUGCCAGUGGGGAGGGAGAGCAUCUGGCCAGCCACAGCACAGCCACUGCAGGGAAGCACAGAGUUGGUGUCAUUCCGGCCUCCAGGCAGGCCCGACCUAAACUCCAGAGAAGCCGACAAAGUGACAAAGGAGUGGCUCCGGAGAAGACCUCUGGCCUGACUCGACAGCUCCAGAACCCACAGUCUUUGGCUGCUCCCCUGGGCCUGCCCUCUGCCUGCCCAUCUGUCUCAUGUGGCCAAGCCCCCCAAGCUGCCACAGCUCUGGUGGGCGUUCCCACUGCCCUCACCGCCCUGCCCAAGUGGCCAGCCCUCAAGAAGAGCCAGCGACUGCUCCUGGAGUCCCUUAUGCGGCGGAAGAUCGCACAUCUGAAGUGGGGCCUCCCCCGGCGGAUCCUAGAGUCCUACUUGCACUUUAACUUCUUAGGACCCUGCCCACUGCCCGUUGCUGGGGUGAGGCUCCCUGGGUUGCAUGUGGCCUGUGAGCUGCAGGGGCAGCAGGAAAGGCAUUGCGAGGCCCAAGCCUCCAGGCCAGGCCUUAAGUCCCCAGAGAGGUCCCAGAGGGUUCGACCCCCAGAAAGGAGAAGCUCAAAACUUCCUACACAGGCCAGAGCUCUGGAGAAGCGUGAACCACACCCGUCACAGCCAAUGGGCAUUUCUGUCCCUCCUAAAAAGCCUAAGAGAGUCAAGCCACUAGGGGGCCCCAGAGAACCACAGGAUGUCCAGAAAGAGGCUCCUUCUAGGGCCGAGCUCACUGCUCCCAGGAACCCCUGGCCUGCAGCAGAAUCUAGUAGCUGGUGUGGCCAAGAAAGGGUCCAAGAACCUUCCACUGAGGGCAGCAGGGGCAGGGAAAUGGUCAGGACGGGGGUCUCCCAAAUGGCAGAGAGGGCUCCCAGCAAAGCGAGGAUCUCACACUCCAGGGCAGGCUACGACCACUGGAGGAAGGAGCACGUAUCUCAGGGGCCCCCCAGACUCAAAUGUCAGCAGCCCACACACAGGAGAAGAGGAAGCCUGGAGCCGGAGGAAGGCAGAGGGACGGGGCAGCAGCCUUCCUCCUGUUCCACAGACGCCUUCAGCUCCAAAAGGAGUCUCCACUCUGCUGCAGCAAGGCUGAGCAUCAGCUUUUUGAACAAGAUCUCCUUGUCCCCACUCUUGGCCAAGCCCCAGCACUCAGCCUCCAGCCUGAGUGUGAGGGAUCCUGAUCCUACCCUGCUUCCCAAAGGAAGCCAUCCUCCUUUUUGUGAACUGCCUUAUGGCAAGGAACUGAGGAGACCAUUGGACUACAGCCAUCAAGAAAGUGAGGCCCUCAGUCCAGCAGCCUUUGAGGAAAUGAAUCCUGCCAGCAAUCAUCUGGGGGCCGCUGCUCGCCUGAGGCUGUCUGGUACCGUGUUCGCGCAGGCGCAUUACUCUUCUCCCCAGGCGCCCGCGCCGGCACCGAGCUCUGCCAACUGCGCUUGCGCGUAA